GACCUCUCUCGAAUCGAUCGGAACCCCACGGCAAAGCAUCAAGAAGCAUCGUACACAAGACCCUCCCCAAGACCAGAGAGAACAAACAUGUUCUCCUUCAGCACAACCGCGAACCUCCACCACGUCACCCCGCUCUCCGCUGGCACCGCCUUCUCAACCGCAAUCUCAAAGCUGCAUGACCAUGACCUCCUUAUGCGUCUCGAUCCCGAACUCGCGCACUACGAGUCGCUUCCUUCAGAAGCCGACGCACCCAACACGAAGCGGUACAAAGUGACCGAUCAUAUGCACACCCUGCCUAAAGGGCUAUGGGAUACGACGGUGACGUUUGAGAGCCAGAUGACGAAUACCGAGAACGGCAUAGAAUGGGUUAUCAAGGCGCCUUUGGGACUGGUACAAAGGACGUCGUGGAAGUUGGUGAAGAGUAGUGAGGUGGAUGGUGGUGGAAAGGGACAAGCGGAGGCCAAGGAAGAUGAGUGGUGUUUGGUGGAGGAUGUGGAGAUCAAUGCGUCGAGACUGUUGGUGGGGACUGUGAAAAGCAAGUGUGAGGAGAACUGGAAGGGAAUUCAUGCAAAGUUUGUCGAGCAUGUGAGGGGUGGGAGCGCUGUGGCUGUUGGGGCGUGA